GGUUUUGAACAUUGUAUUUUCUCUAACCUUAUCAGCUACUACUGAUGAUGAGCGCUUGAGAGAACAGUUACUGGUCAUAUUUGAUGAUGGAGCUGACGAGUUUCAAAAAGCGAACUGUGCGUUAACGUUGAUGGUAGAUCAGAUGGUAGAGCUGCGUUCGAUGUAUAUGUUUGAAGCAGGAGCGAUGGAUCUGAGACUGAGAUCACAACUUUAACAGUUUUAUAGUGGCGAAAAAAUUAGGUUUACGACAGUCGUAAUGCUACGAUCUCUUUGUGAAACGGACAGAGGUCCGUUGCAAAGAGCGAUCUUAGCGCAAAGUUGAUCAUAACUCAUAUACUUUAACACACUUGCACUUGCUCCUUGGACCCACUUGCACAAAGAUCUUAGCGCUAAGGUGAUGGUAACUUCAACACCUUAACAAAGACAUACGACAGUUGAGCUCCAAGGUUGUUUUGUACAACGGCACCCUGCGCUGUACAACGGCACAAAACGAUCUUAGCGUUAUGACUAUUACAACUAUGUGUUAGAGUCUAGGAGUUAGGGUCAUCAUAUCACUAAGAUCGUUUUGUGGAAGUUGGCCCUGGGUACCGUUCUACAGAGCAACCUUAGCGCUACGCCUGUCGUAAGUCUAUGUUAAGGUAUGGGGAUUACGAUCACUUUAACGUUAAGAUCUCUUUGUACAACGACAACCUGGUCAAUAGUAAUGACUACAUAAUUAUACGUAAUACCCGCUCUGAUAUGACACACAAUCACCCAUCUCCAUGGAGAGGAAAGUGGUACACAAGUAUGCAGACAUACACUAUAUCUGUCACUAUCUUCAAUGAGUCGUCAGCACUUGACACCACAUGGUGGGUGCAUAAAUCACACAACAGCCACAGGUCUAUUUGUAUGCACUAUAGCUGCAAUUGUGACGACUAAGCAAUAAAAAGGGCCUCGCAUUCAAACACUCCGUGUGUCUGAAUGAAGUAACGUAAUUAUUUAAACAAAAUGUAUAAGCAGUACUGUAGCUAGUCAUAUUGAACAGAUUCAAUCUGACACAAGGAGCUGACAAAAUAACACACCUGUUAAGAAUGCAAACAUGAAAUUGUAUAUAGUGUCUAUAGGCGUGCAUGUUCGGGCAUUGAUACAUGCACAUUGGUACAUUAAGCUUAUGUCCAUCUGUAAGUCUGGAGACAUGUUAAUUUCAGGAGUACUUUGCGCCGGUCAUUUUCUCACCUCAAUAUUCUAGCCACGUCAAAGGGGAGACAAAGACAGUGUGAUGCCCAUGUGGAGAGCAUUUUGGUCACCCAUGAUUAGACUGUCCUAAAUGUUCUACAUGAGCCUUCGGUCACUCAAGUCCUAAAUGUUCUACGUGAGUCUGUGGUCUGUCAAUACAUCCUUUAGGACACCAAUGUCCUAUCUCCUCAAGAUUCGUGCUCUUGUUCUGUCGGAAUGAAACUUGUUGUAUAUAUCGUUCUGGAGUUUAUGUUUGAAAACAGUUUGGCUGCCCCAACAGACACAUUUGGUUGCUAUGGAGACCUAUGUGAAGUCGGAGUGGAGUACUGCGCCGAGGAUUCACGUCACUGCGUGCCAUGUAGCCAGACGCAGGAUGCCUGUGGUACGGUCAGCAUCCUCAGUGACUGCCAUCUCUACUGUUUGAAUUUGACGGAGCAAGAGCCAAGUACAGUUCACACCACCAUUAGCGUAACGGGAGUUCCUACUCGGCCUCAUGCCGCUACAUGUCAGAGGCUGACUCAACAUGCUGUAGAGGAACAGAGCCAGGAACCGACACUGCUCGUCCUAGCGGCAGUGUUUGGUGUGAUGCUGGUUAUAAAUCUGAGUCUUUUCUUUGGCGGCCUCGUCAUCCAUUACCUGAAGAAUGGUCCCUGCAAACAAGCAAUGAUUUAUCACCUGUAAAAAAAUGUAGGAGCUCUGCAAGAGGAGAAGUCGUCCAUUGGACAAUGAAAAGCACGAAAAUGUCCGUAGUACCAGGCUGGAUAACAGCGAAUAACAUUGAGAUAAAUAUGCUUUAUGCGUUUUGAACAUAUUUCAUCUACAGUUUCUGGCUUUUAUAGAAGUGACUGAAUGGGAUGUGUUUUACGUCUUGAAAGUAUUUCAUCUACAGUUUCUCGCUUAUAUAGGAGUGACUGAAUGGGAUGUGUUUUACGCCGUGAACUUAUUUCAUCUACAGUUUCUGGCUUUUAUAUGAGUGACUGAAUGGGAUGUGUUUUACACCUUGAACGUAUUUCAUCUACAGUUUCUGCUUUUAUAGAAGUGACUGAAUGGGAUGUGUUUUACACCUUGAACGUAUUUCAUCUACAGUUUCUGCUUUUAUAGAAGUGACUGAAUGGGAUGUGUUUUACACCUUGAACGUAUUUCAUCUACAGUUUCUGGCUUUUAUAGGAGUGACUGAAUGGGAUGUGUUUUACACCUUGGAUGUAUUUCAUCUACAGUUUCUGGCUUUUAUAGAAGUGACUGAAUGGGAUGUGUUUUACACCUUGAACGUAUUUCAUCUACAGUUUCUGGCUUUUAUAGAAGUGACUGAAUGGGAUGUGUUUUACACCGUGAACGUAUUUCAUCUACAGUUUCUGGCUUUUAUAGAAGUGACUGAAUGGGAUGUGUUUUACACCUUGAAAGUAUUUCAUAUACAGUUUCUGGCAUAUAUAGGAGUGACUGAAUGGGAUGUGUUUUACACCUUGAACGUAUUUCAUCUACAGUUUCUGGCAUUUAUACGAGUGACUGAAUGGGAUGUGUUUCGCGUCUUGAAGGUAUUUCAUCUACAGUUUCUGGCUUUUAUAGGAGUGACUGAAUGGGAUGUGUUUCGCGUCUUGAAGGUAUUUCAUCUACAGUUUCUGGCUUUUAUAGGAGUGACUGAAUGGGAUGUGUUUUAUACCUUGAACGUAUUUCAUCUACAGUUUCUGGCUUUUAUAGGAGUGACUGAAUGGGAUGUGUUUUAUACCUUGAACGUAUUUCAUCUACAGUUUCUGGCUUUUAUAGAAGUGACUGAAUGGGAUGUGUUUUACACCGUGAACGUAUUUCAUCUACAGUUUCUGGCUUUUAUAGAAGUGACUGAAUGGGAUGUGUUUUACACCGUGAACGUAUUUCAUUUACAGUUUCUGGCUUUUAUAGGAGUGACUGAAUGGGAUGUGUUUCGCGUCUUGAAGGUAUUUCAUCUACAGUUUCUGGCUUUUAUAGGAGUGACUGAAUGGGAUGUGUUUUGCGUCUUGAACGUAUUUCAUCUACAGUUUCUGGCUUUUAUAGGAGUGACUGAAUGGGAUGUGUUUUAUACCUUGAACGUAUUUCAUCUACAGUUUCUGGCUUUUAUAGGAGUGACUGAAUGGGAUAGCAGACGUCACAGGAAGGCCUGAGGUGAAUUGGUCAGCACAUUAACCUCACUUCCUGAUCACUGGACCGUAUCAUGUUUUAACUUGUAGGCAGAAUGGGACUAUAGGCAGAAUGGGAAGACACCAUUACACAGGGUCCCAAACCACAAAAGUCAUCCCUAUCUUCACGAGUUUUGAACGCCUUAUGAGCUUGGUGCUCUCAGCAAUGUACAGAUGUCACUUAUACGAUGCAGUACUUGGAUCCUAGGCCGCAAGAUCGCACGACAGACUUGAGGACAGAUUUACCUCUCUCCAAAAGACCAAUGUCACUGUCAAUCUGUUAAUUCGAAUAGGCUCAAGUCACCCUCCCAGGCCUGUUGGCCUGUGAACCGAGGCUCCGGUUACAGUCAAGGUCUACGGAAUCGAUGUCAAUAAGCCUACUACAAGGAAGUUGGUACGUUGAUUCCAUUGGCGGGCCAUGUCGGCAACCGUUUGAACACCAUGUUGAAGAGGGACUUUAAGUUCGUGGUUAAAGGUCAUUGUCCGUUACGGAUUUCCUGUCUGUUUAUACCAGCUACUCGAUCACUUCAAAGCUCGACUGUUGUACUUCGUCCUAAUUAUUACAGGUCAAUAAAGCUUUACGAGUUUGUCGUUCCCUGAUCUUUGCACCCAGUGUGGGCGAUAUUAAAAACCCCAAGGUCAGAACGAUAAUGUGAAAUGUGUCACUAUCGAGCUAACGAGGAUGAAUAUAACGUUUCACUUUUAUGUGUAUCUGACUCAACUCCAAUUGAAAAAAUCUGAUAUAUUCCUGUGCACUGUUGUAAUGAUACAGAUACUGUGGAAAUACGAUAUCUUUAAAACAGUCCAUAAAAAUAAACACAUAAAACCAUG